AAAAUUGGAUAUGACUAUAAAAAUAAUUUUGCUAAUAAACUUUUUGUUUAUAAUAGAUUUGAUACAAAAUACUUUAGGAGCAAGUUCAGAAUGCUCAUCACCUCCUCCUAUGGUUGAUCCACAUGCAUGUUGUCUAGAUCCAGGUCCAAAUGCUAUUGCAAAAUCAUGUGCAAAAUUAUAUGGUUUACCAGUACCAGGUGAAGCACCAAAUUUAAAUGCACCACCACCAAGUAUUGAUUCAACAGUGUGCUUUGCCGAAUGUAUAAUGAAAGAAUCGAAAUUCUUAAAAAAUGGUGUAUUUGAUGUUAAUGCAAUGACAACAUCUAUAAAGAAUGAAUUCAAAAAUGAUACAAAUUAUGCUAAUGUUAUGAUUAAAGCAUUUACAGUAUGCUCAGAAACAGCUAGUAAAAAAUUUGAAGCACUUAAAAAAUUGCCAAUUGCUGAAAAUAUUAUGAAAUCACGUUGUGAUCCUAUACCCGGUGUUAUUUUAGGUUGCACAUAUACAGAAUAUUUUAAAAAUUGUCCAAGUGAUAGAUGGGUUUUACAUCCAAUGUGUGAAGCAGCUAAAAAAUAUGUAAGAAAUUGUGUCCAAUAAAAAAUUUAUAAUAAUUUUUUAAAAUUCAUUUUAAAUUUAAGUUUUUUUUGUAAUAAAAUUAAAAAUUUCGAUUAUUGUUUUUA